UCUACUGGUUCUGUUGUCGCUGGAGGAUUACAGGGCCUUCCGACAGCAGCGACGGCGCUGCCGCCCUGGGGAAGGCAAACGCCGCUUUGGCUGUGCCUUGUCCUGGAAGCUGGCGGGAAGCAAGCGCCUUUUCCAAAGCAGUGACCCCUGUCGCCACCGUCAUGGCGGUCCCAGGUUGCAACAAGGACAGUGUCAGAGCAGGCUGUAAAAAAUGUGGCUACCCUGGUCACCUGACUUUUGAAUGCCGCAAUUUUCUCCGGGUAGAUCCUAAAAGGGACAUAGUUUUGGAUGUCAGCAGUACAAGUAGUGAAGAUAGUGAUGAAGAGAAUGAAGAACUGAAUAAAUUGCAAGCAUUACAGGAAAAAAGAAUAAAUGAAGAAGAGGAAAAGAAAAAAGAAAAAAGCAAAGAAAAAAUCAAGUUGAAAAAAAAAAGGAAAAGGUCUUACUCAUCCAAUUCCACUGAAGAAGAUACUUCAAAACAAAAGAAACAAAAAUAUCAGAAGAAAGAAAAGAAAAAAGAAAAAAAGAGUAAAUCAAAAAAAGGGAAACAUCACAAAAAGGAAAAAAAGAAGAGAAAAAAGGAAAAGCAUUCUUCUACCCCUAAUAGUUCUGAAUUCUCCAGAAAGUAACUGAAACUUUGGCUUAAGCCAUUAAAUUUAAAAAUUUGUUGUUAAAACGUGUUUGCCCUUCCUUGGAAUUUGCUAUAUGUUAUGCUUUGCAAUAAAUCACAGCUUUUUCCACAUAGACAUUUUUCGUAUGUGGGACCAUUAUCCCUCUGGCAAUAUAUUUUUAAUGUGCUAUGACUAUAAAGUAUUAAAUCAGUCUUGUUACUUGAUAGCCAUGCCCCAAGUAUAGCUAUUCGUGUAUACUAAACACAUCAUGUUUGGAUUUGUGGCUCUGUGUGUUUGGCUAAUGUUAUUACUUCAUAAAGUUGAUUGUAAAAUGGCUUUACUAUAGUCAACAUGGGUUAUCUACCUAACAGAUAAUGAAUAUUGCUGAAUCAGGUGUCUACCUUCCAGUGAUGAAGCUAGGUCCUUACCUAGGGUACUGUUUUGCUCUUGACACAGAGAAAUUUAAUAGCUUUACAUACUGAACUAUAAUAUCUUUUAAAGAUAGUGAAGUUCUUCACUGUUGUUUUUUUUAAAUCUCUAGGGAUUUUUUUCAUGUGCAGCUGCUUAAUUGGUCUUGACUAGGACCUUUUAAAUGAAAGGUGUCUGCAGGAAGAUGAUCAUGAAAAUAUCUCUAACAAAGUUUCACUGUUCUAUGAAAUGCAGAAUUUCUAGUACCUGCCUCUUUUGUUUUUGUAACAAUUAAAAUAGUUCUUUCUUGUAUAAAGAGAUUAGUCUAGUUCAGCCUGUAAGUAAGUCUGCAGAGAUGAUGCUAUGUUGGUCAGGAUUUUUUAAGAUAGACUCCUGGGUUGUUUUACAAAUGUGCCAUAUUGGCAUGUCUUUAACUGAUACCUCAAACACAGAAAUUUUUUAUUUAGGAAGAUAGCUAAAUCUUUAUUACAACUGAUUUUUAUUGUAUUCCAUAUGUAAAUUUUAUGAAGCUUGUUUCGAUGAAUAAUGUGGAAAAUUUUACAAAUGUGAGCAUAUAUAUUUAUUUAGUCUGACAUAAUUUGUAGUUUUAAAGCAAGUUUCACACUGAACUUAUGGUUUCAUAAAUGACCAGUUUGGGGUGUUUCUCUCUUUUACUUUAAUGGCAACCUCAGGAGCAGUGUCAAAAAUUUAGAAUUAAGAAUUUUAUUCUGUACUUUUUAAAAUUUAAGAGCCAGAGUUACAUCAUGAAAACCUUUAUAUAACAAUGGAAAUUUUAUAUGGGUAAGCAUUUUCAAACACAUAUUAGUAGAUAUGUCUUUUAAAUUUUUAUUUUCACAUUGAUCAGUGUUACUUUGCUUGAAUCUUAGGUAUCCUUUAUGUCCAAUAAAGUAAAUGCUUAUGUUGUAGAAGCAUCAGACAUCAACCAAUAUCAUGGCAUAGCACCAAAGAUUGCAAAUACCUCACUAUGGUGCACUUAUAAAUUUUUAAAUUGUUAACCUACAGACAUGGCUUCAGGUGAAUUCAUGAUGGUGAAAUCAGCUAGGUACACUUAACCUCACAGGCUAGAAAUGUUUACUGAUUCUUCUUUCACCUAGCACCCAACGUGAAUAUCCUCAGUAAGACUUGGGGAGCCUUAUAACUCCUCUUAACAUAUGCUAAUCCAUGCUUAAAUUCUAGGGAAGCUGCAUCCACAGCCCUAUUCUGUAAUAGCAUUGCAGCCAUGAGAGCUCUCACACUUAACCUAAUUUAGUCAUUUGGGCCUCUCAAGAGGAAAUGUUUUUAUUUAAAUAGGUCAGUCGGUUAUUGGGAGAGAAAUACAGAGCCAGUAGGUUUUCAGGGGUUUGUUUUGCCUUUGCUAAUUUUUUGAAAAUAGAGUUCUUCAGUUAUCAAAAUUUUAAAAAUCAGUUUUUAUAAUAUAAAGCUUUUUUUAAAAAACUAGGCUGGCCCAAAUGCAGUGGUUGUUUCUCCACUCCCACUGUUUGACUUGAUUUGACUUGAAAAAAUAAUAGUAAAAUAAAAUAUUAAAAAAUGAUUAGAAGAUGCUAUAUACAAAGGGGAUGAUCUCAUUUCAUUGAGUAAGACAGUCAAAAACGGUAGUAACUGUAGUGGAAUAGUUAAUUGAGUUAUUUGUAAGUUUUAUGAAUGUUAAUUGUAGAGAUUAUAAAUUGGCUCGUUAAGUUUCUAAAUGGUGACACAAUUAAUAAUGAUUAAGAGCAAAGUCAGUCCUUGUUAACUAAUAAAGUAUGCAAAUUAAAAUAUUUUAAUGAUCAGUAAUUUUCCGACAGAAAUUAUCUUGCUGUUUUUAAGCAAUUUCCCUAAUUUUAGCAUAGUUUAUGAAAUAUCUCAUCUGAAUAAAAAUUUAUUUUUGCUAAUAAUUUUCUUCUAAAAUGGUAUUGAGACUGGAUGCAAAUUUCAUGAAUACAUUUUAGAAGAAAAUUAAUGAAAUUUCUUCUAAAGGAAAUUUCCAGGUAGUAUGUAGCAGAAGGAAAACUGAAUUUAGCAGUAAAACAGUUCUGGUCAUUCUAACUACCUGUGUGAUCUUGAACAAGGUCACUUAGCUUCCCUGGGCCUUGGUGUCUUUCAUAUAUAAAAUAUUUACCAGAUUUUCUCUGAAAUUGCUUCUAGUUUUAAUAUAUGUGAUUAUCAAUAUUUUAUUAAAAUUCAAGCAAUAUUCAUUUUAGAAAUUAUAGAUAAGCGGCAGCAUUCUAUAAUAGUAAAGGUUGGAUUUAUAACAGCUAAACAUGUUCAACUUCUUCAAGCUGACAAUUGAUAUUUGAUUCAUAUUCCUACCACCUAAUGCAUGUCAUUUUCACCAGAUGCAGAGAGAAUUUAUAUUUAGGUUUGCAUCUGUAACUACAUUAUCUGGCACUGUAGGGCCAUUAUUUUUGGGCUGAUGGACCUACUCCCCACACAGUUUCCCCCCUUUUUUUUUUUUUGCAUAUCAUAUCUUGUCUGAUACUUCUCAGAGGUAUCCCUGUUUCUUCAUAUGUAAUAUAUAUGCAUUUACACCUUUGGUUUUCUGAGGUCAAACAAUAAUAAAUGAGAAGUAAAACAACUAUAUGUGUUUGUAUUUACAACUCUAUCUACAAUUAUAUAACCCUUGGUUACCUCAGAGUAAACUAGGCUGAAGAGUUGUUAAUAAUGUUGAUAAAAAUGCCAUUGAGUCCUUUCUUCAACAAAUACUGAGUACCUAACAUGGCAAAUGCUGUACUAAGUACUGGGGAUACAGAGAUAAGUAAAACAUUUGCCUCCCUGAAGGAGUUCACACUUUAGUUGGUAGGAGAAACACCAAAGCAUAGCCAUUUUAUAAUUAGUGCAGCAAUUGACAUGAACAUGGGUUUAUGGAAGCUCAGAAGGAUGCCUAACCUAGUCUGAAGAAAUUAGAAGAGGCUACCUAGAGAAAGUAGUGACUGAAUUGCACUUUGAUUAAGGAUAAGAGUGAGGGUUAUGGCAGUUCCUGACAGAUUGGGUACUGUGAACAAACACCAGAUGUAGAACAAGCUGUGUUAGGUGUGUGUCAAGAAUUAUAAGCAAUCUGGUGUUGCUGGUGUGUCAUAGGCGAGGCAGGAAGUGGUAAGAAUUGAGACUACCGUUUUAAGUUCUUAGGAACAAGAGGAAGGAGUUGUGUGUUCCAUGUUUGGGAGCUCUAUAAGCAAUGAGAUACCAUUAAAGAGUUUUAAGGGGGGCCGGGUGCAGUGGUUCACGCUUGUAAUCCCAGCACUUUGGGAGGCUGAGGUGGGUAGAUCACUUGAGGUCAGGAGUUCAACACUAGCCUGGCCAACUUGGCAAAACCCCAUCUCUGCUAAAAAUACAAAAAUUAACCAGGCGUGUUGACAGGUACCUGUUCUCCCAGCUACUCCGGAGGCUGAGGCAGGAAAAUUGUUUGAACCCAGGAGGUGUAGGUUGCAGUAAGCCAAGAUCACACCACUGCACUCCAGCCUGGGCAACAGAGCAAGACUACAUCUAAAAAAAAAAAAAAAAUUUAAGGAAGGAAAUGACUUACUGGGGUUUUGUUUUAUCCAUUUUGUAAUCCAAUUAAUGCCACCAUUUUUAAGAGAUGAAAUUGCUUUCAUUGGAAGGCUACAUAAAAUAUAAUUUGAUUAUUUUAGGCUCUGCUAUUAGACUUACAUUUCUUUCUAAGGUCUCAUUACCAAAAUUACACAGUAAAUCAUCUAAAAACAUGUAAAGUUACUGUAUUAUUAAACCCAUCCGCAGAGUUAUAUGUACAUGUACAUACUUUGAGAUGUGUUUUGUUCUUAAUUGUAUUUUAGGUUAUUUUUGACUGGCUUAAAUUCUACCACUAUUUUAAUAUUUGUUAAGUCCAAAUAAAUCAUUCAGAAUACAGUUUUCAGUUUACAGAAUGUGCUGUAAUUUAAUAAGACCCCUUGAUUUUAAGAUUGAGUUACCCUGUGAAGCACAACUGCUUCAGAGUUACAGAGAGACAUGCCAGUUGGUCCACUGGAUGAGCCCUGUUCUACCUCAGGUCACCUAGUGAAAAGCUAGCUCAGCAAGGAGUGCUUCAAGGACUGCAGCUGAUCCUAGUGCUGAGACCAAAACUUCCUGGAUGUUGGGCGCCCAAGAAACAAUAGGUUUUUUAUGCCAGUGUGACAAUAGCCCCAGUUGUGAAGGCCAGAGUCUUCUGACCUCAAUUAUCUCCUUUCAACCCCUCUAAAAAUAUGUAGAGUGGCAGAGAAUUGGGGUGCCUCUCCUAGAGCACAGCCCAUGAUGCAUCCAGUUAUUCUUGGCUCCACUAUGCCUUUCCCACAAGUUGGGAGGAGUCAGGAGCAGUGAGCAUUUUGCUAGCUCUGUCUGUUUCCUGCUUCUUGUGCCAUUUAUAGUUCUUGCCCUUGAGCAACAGAAGUAGAACAGUACCAAUGCCUUAACUAAAUUUUUCUCAACCUAGAUUUUCACCUGAGAAAUAUAGUAAUAUUAUUAAAUUACUGUAUGUCAAGAUAGCAGAUUUUCUGGGAUUCUUUAAAAUUCCAAGUUGUAUAAAAGAUCAAAAAGUACCCAUAAGAGUUAUGAACUUUCACAAAAAAUAACUGAAAAUUCUUUGCUUUUAUGACCAUGUAAAAUGUCAUUUUUAUAAUGGAAAUAUCUUAAUUUUCAAACUUAACGUAUAUUUUAAGCAAUUUUAAUAUUUAAACAUUGGCAAAAUUGUCUUCUGGAAUGUAAAGUUCAACUCCGGCAGUAGGAUGUUGAAAUAGUGAUCUGGACUAUGGUGCCAAUAUUGCCACAUGGGGUUAUUUAAUUAAAUAAAUGAAAAACAAUUUUUUUUUCAGCUGCAUUAGCCACAUUUUAAGUGCUCAGUAGCCACAUGUGGCUGGUGGCUAUCAUAUUAGACAGUGCAGAUAUAAAAUAUUUCUGUCAUCACAGAAACUUCUCUUAGUUCUGGUCUAGAAGAUAACCAUAGUUCUUGGCAGAAAUUUUGACAGGCUAAUGAUGAAAAGUUUCUAACCCUGAGCUUUGCAUGCCCAAGAAAAAUAAGGCAUUCUUUUUUAUAUAUCAGAUCAGAGAAGCUGUAUUCAGCACAUUUUGAAAUGCUAGUGUUUGCCUAUGGCCAUACCACCCUUAAUGUGCCAGAUCUUUUCUAAAGUGCUAGUUUUCUGACUACAGAACAUUACAGGACAUAGUAGAUAUGCUUAGUAGAGCUGCUUAAAAUUAUUCCUUUUUUUUUCUGUUGAAUUCUAUUACAAAACCAUGUCUGUGUUAUAAUAGAAAAUACAUUUAUGAAUAAAAAUAUUUAAAAAUUAUAAUUUGCAGAAAUUAGUUUUAUUUCUAGAUUUCUAGGUCAUAUUAAUAUGAUAGCAUUAGGUGGGACCAGAGAACUCAUUUGUUUUGUAGCUUUCAUUAUACAGAUUAUUUAGGAAAUGUAUUAGCAAAGGAUUUUUUGUUAUACUUAUCCCUUGAAACAAAAUAUUGUACAGAUUACACAUUUGUGAUUUUUUGUUACUGAAUAUAUUGUUUGUGCCCAGAAAAAUCUAAAAAGAUAUGGGUUGACUUCUAAGAGAUUUAAGAACAUGUCACUUCUAGUUUAUAAGACAGUUAGUUCCCCCUGAAAUUUACCUACCCAGUACCAUCUCAAAAAAAUAACUGCCUGUAAGUAUCAAAAAGUUGAGAAAUGCUGGUAAUGCAACAUAAAUUUUUCAUUGUUCUUCACUGAGAUAGGAUUGCUUAUUUUGUUAUUGAUAAUUUAUUUAAUUUCUCCUGAAGAAUUAGCAUAAUCUCAUGUGAUACAGAAACAUGUUAAUUAGCAAAUACAAGUAAAUUUAUACAAAGGAAAACCUAUGAAAACCUUAAUGUGUGUUUAAUAAAGUAACUGA